ACUUAAUGUUUUUAAUCUUUCUCCUACAAUACAUAUAAAAACAAAUUUUAAUAUGUUUUAAAAUUUUUUCUUUCAAAUUCUUUUCCUAUUUCCUUUCUUUCCCCCUCAUUGAAAAGGCAAACAAUUUGUUAUAGGUCAUGCAUGUGCAGUCAUGCAGAUCAUAUUUUCAUAUCAGUCAUGUGGUGAAAAGAAACACGAUAAAAAUAAUAAAAACAAGAAAAAUAAAAAAAUAUGCUUUGAUUGGCAUUCAGAUGCCACCAAUUCUUUCUCUGCAGGUAGAUAGCAUUUUUCAUAAGAGUCCUUUGGAAUUGGUUUGGAUCUGUGUAUAGCUAAAUCAUUUAUAGUUGAUCAUUGCACAUCUUGCUGAUACUGUGCACAAUGUUCUGAUAUUGCUCACUUCACUUUGCAUCAGUUCAUGUAAUUCUUUUCAGAUUUUUCUGAAAUCAUCUUUUAUAGCACAAUAGUAUUUCAUCACAAUCAUAUACCACAUCUCAUCUCUAAAAUAUAUAAAGAACUGUGUCAAAUUUAUAAGAACACAAAUUGUUUCCCAAUUGAUAAAUGGUCAAAGGAUAUGAACAAUUUUCAGAUGAUGAAAUUAAAGCCAUCUAUAGUAAUAUGAAAAAGUUCUCUAAAUCACUAUUGAUUAGAGAAAUGCAAAUUUAAAAAACUUUUAGGUACCACUACACACCUCUCAGAUUGGCUAAGAGGAAAAGAUAAUGAUGAAUGUUGGAGGGGAUGUGGGAAAACUGGGACACUAAUACAUUGUUGGUGGAGUUGUGAAUUGUUCCAAUGAUUCUGGAGAGCAGUAUGGAACUAUGCCCAAAGGACUAUCAAACUGUGUCUUUGAGCAAUGUUUCUAUUGGGCCCAUGCCAAGGAGAUUAUGAAAAAGGGAAAAGGACCCAUAUGUGCAAAAAUGUUAAUAACAGCCCUUUUUGUAGUGGCAAGGAAACUAUUCAGUUUGAUGGAUGCUCCUCAAUUGCAGAAUGACAGAAUAAAUUAUGGUAUAUGAAUAUUAUGGAAUAUAAUUGUUCUAUAAGAAAUGAUCAGUAGGAUGAUUUCAGAGAGGCCUGGAGAGACUUACAUGAACUGAUGCUAAGUGAAGUGAGUAGAAUCAAAAGAACAUUGUACACAGCAACAAAAACAUUAUGUGAUGAUCAGUUUGAUGGAUGUGGCUCUUUUCAACAGCCUGGUGAUUCAGGUCAGUUCCAAAGAUCUUGUGAUAGAUCAAGCCAUUUGCAUCCAGAGAGAGGCUUAUGGGGACUGAGUAUGAAUCACAACAUAGUAUUUUCACUUUUUUGUUGUUGUUCUUUGCUUGCAUUGUUUUCUUUCUCAUUUUUUUCCUUUUUGAUCUGAUUUUUCUUGUGCAGCAUGAUAACUGUGGAAAUAUGUAUAGAAGCAUUGCACAUGUUUAACAUAUAUUGGAUUACUUGCUAUCUAUAGGGAGUGGGGGGAAGGGAGGGAGAAAAAAUUGGGAACACAAGAUUUUGCAAGGGUAAAUAUUGAAAACUAUACACUUGUUUUGAAAAUAAACAGCUUUUAAAAAAGAAACAACAACUCUGUUUUAUACCUCAGAGAUGUUACAUUAUUCAUCCAAGGCAGUCAUUAAACCAACACUGUUAUUACCAGUACUGAAUUUACAUUUCUCAUACCUCUCAUCCCAUAUCUCUCACAUUGGCUAAGAUGACAGGAAAAGAUAAUGAUAAAUGUGGGAGGGAAAAUUGGGUCACUAAUGUAUUGUAGGUGGAGUUGUGAAAUGAUCCAACCAUUUCGGAGAGAAAUCUGAAACUAUGCCCAAAGGGCUAUAAAACGGUGCGUACCCUUUGAUCCAGCAGUGGGUCUAUAUCGCAAGGAAAUCAUAAAGGGAAAAGGACCCACAUGUGCAAAAACGUUUGUGGUAGCAAAGAAUUGGAAAGUUAGUAGAUGCCCGUCAUUUGGUGACUGGCUGAAUAAGUUGUGGUAUAUGAAGAUAACCAGAUUCGCCUCUGGCUGCUCUAGGGAGCGCUUUGCAUUCUGGUUCCCGGUCUAAACGUUCCUAAAUCGUGUCCUGCGCAGGAUGCUGCAUCUUCCCAGGUCUCAGUUUCCCCUCUCGCUAGAGGCACUGGUCCCUCCUCUCUGGAGGCGGAGCUGAGCGGGUGCUUCCCAGGCAUUCCCGGAUUGGUCAGCGGGGCGUGGGGCGUAGCCUCUCCUCGCGGCUGCUCCGUGCACCCAAAUCCCGACUGUCAAUAAAGUUUGUUCGAAAGCCCAACGAAGGAGGAGGUCUGACACUUCCGCCUCUGAAGAGGUUGGGCCGAAGCCGGGCUAGGGGCCGGAGCGGCGGCGGCGGCUGGAUGAGAGGGAGGAUGGAGCCCGAGCCGGAUCUGGAGCUGCUGCUUCAGGAGGCCCGGGAGAGCAUCGAGGCGGCGCAGAGCUACCGGCGCGAGCUGGGCCAGCGGCUGCAGGGGCUGCAGGCGGCGCGAAGGCAGAUCAAAGAGAGUGCAUCACAGACGAGAGAUGUCCUCAGGCAACAUUUUAAUGAUCUAAAGGGAACCCUCAGGAAGCUCUUGGAUGAACGAUUAGUAUCCUUGUUGCAAGAAGUGGACACCAUUGAACAGGAGACUGUCAAGCCAUUAGAUGAUUGUCAGAAACUUAUUGAACAUGGAGUCAACACAGCUGAAGAUUUGGUCCGAGAAGGUGAGAUUGCCAUACUUGGUGGUGUGGGAGAAAAGAAUGAAAAAUUAUGGAGCUUUACCAAAAAGGCUUCUCACAUUCAAUUGGAUAGCUUGCCAGAAGUGCCUCUGCUGGUUGAUGUGCCUUGUUUAUCUGCUCAGUUGGAUGACUCAAUUCUCACCAUAGUCAAAGAUCAGAUUUUCAAUCAUGGCACAGUUGCAUCUCGGCCACCAGUACAGAUAGAAGAGCUCAUAGAAAAGCCUGGAGGUAUCAUAGUACGAUGGUGUAAGGUUGAUGAUGACUUUACAGCACAAGAUUACAGACUCCAGUUUCGUAAGAGUACAUCAAAUCAUUUUGAAGAUGUGUACGUUGGUUCUGAAACUGAGUUUAUAGUAUUACACAUAGAUCCCAAUGUUGAUUAUCAGUUCAGAGUAUGUGCUAGAGGGGAUGGUCGGCAGGAAUGGAGUCCCUGGAGUGUUCCACAGAUGGGCCAUUCUACAUUGGUGCCUCACGAGUGGACAGCUGGCUUUGAGGGAUAUAGCCUGAGCAGUCGAAGAAAUAUAGCACUAAGGAAUGAUUCCCAGGCAACAGGUGUUCUCUACUCCAGUGCUCCAACCUAUUUCUGUGGGCAGACAUUAACAUUCAGAGUCGAAACUGUGGGCCAGCCAGAUAGAAGAGAUAGUAUUGGAGUUUGUGUAGAAAAGCAGAAUGGCUAUGACUCUCUGCAGCGUGAUCAAGCAGUGUGUAUUGGUACAAAUGGUGCCGUUUUUGUAAACGGGAAGGAGAUGACAAAUCAGUUGCCAGCAGUUACUUCUGGAUCCACUGUUACGUUUGACAUGGAAGCAGUGACGCUGGUUACCACUAAUAAUAACGAUACUGGGAACUUCAAGCUGAGAGUAACGAUUAGCUCUAAUAAUAGGGAAGUGGUUUUUGACUGGUUACUUGAUCAAUCAUAUGUUUCCCUUUACUUUGGAUGUUCAUUUUUUUACCCUGGUUGGAAAGUGUUAGUGUUUUAGCCUUUUGAUUAAUUAGUAUCAGGUUGAAGGUUUUUAGCAGAGAUAUCCUCAGCCAAGUUUAACCAAGUGACAAAGCCAGACUCAUCUCUCAAAUAGGCAGUUUAGAAAUUGAAUGUGAUUCUAACAGGAUUCAUUUAAAAACAUAUGUAUUUCUUUGGACAAAAGCAUAAUGCAACCAAGUUUAUUUGGUAAAGCAUAUGGUAAGCAAAUAGCGCAUUAUGAUAAAUUUUAAAUGGAUUUCUCCUAUGUAAGGGUGGGUGGGAAGGGAGUUUCUUACACAGCCUGAAACCUUUCACUGCUUAUUAACUUUGGUUAUUGUAUUGGAAGAAUUACAUUUACAUGCCCUUAGAAUUAAAUCUGCAUAUUUUAAAACCAGAGUUUUGGAAAAGCUUUCAGGCAUGAUGCAGUUGUAUGUAGUACAUUAACAGCAAUAGAUGGAAUUUGUUGUGGUUCGUAUGAAUUGCAAAUGUAGCACAUUCCACUUCUUUAUAAUGUUUACCUUCUCUUGCUAUAUAGAUUUUAAUUUGUAACUGAAAAAAAGAUCCAGCUAGAAAUCAAGGUCCUGUUUUCUGUCUUUCAUUAGAUUAGCCAUUCUUCACCAGUGUGCCUUGUACAAAAUCAGGGAUUUUAAGAACAGUAUUGAAUUGUUGCAUUCAGUAAUAAUACUUAAGCCUUCAAAGAAUUUGACUUUCUGUAUUUGUUUUUUGUGCCUAAAGCAAAAACCUAAUCUAACCAAAGUAUAUAUAUAUAUAUAUUUGCACAAACUUUGUAGUGAAGUUUGACAUUCUAGAAGAUUUUCACAGGGUAAAACUACUUACAGUAGUAGUACAUACAGUGUUAGCCAUAUUACAUAUAUUGGUAUACAUGUGUGCAUAUGUAUAUAUAUAUGGCACAUGAUUUCUCGUACAGUUUAUCAGCUUGUUUGUCUUUUAAGAACCGACCAAACAUAAAAUAAUACUUGAUUUUUUUGAGAUAACUUUACAUUUGUGUAAAAUAUUUAUUUUAAGGCCCUACUAUGUUAAAAUAAUGGUCUUAACUAGCUAUACCAACUUACAAAAAAUUUUAAUGUGAAUUUUUUUAUCGGUAGGAACAUGUUUGAAAAAACAAGUUUGAUAUUUUUGUAAAAUAAUUUAUUUAGGGAUUCAGGUCCCUGCUUGACAAUCAUGAUGUUGUCCCUUUGAUUUUUUUAUAUAUUAGCAAUCUUUCAUUUUGUGAUAGUUAAAAGGAUGUGGCAGAUAUAAAUGCCUUAUCUAUUAGUGCUGAACCUGAAUAAAAUAAAGUACAAAAUA